GACAAUAUUUUACAGGAUCAAAUGAGUGAAUGAGAUCCAUCAGUGAAAAUUACUCCAACUGUUUGGACCCUUGCAACACACCUGAGGCUCCCUAAACACCAGUAUGAAAACCACUAGGGCUUGCAGACAUAGAGAUAGAUAUCUGACUUUCAGUCACCCUGAACAGACUGUUCCUGCAGUCUGAGCGCAGAUGGGGCACAGGUCCAAGAUGGUCGUCCUGGAAUUUGGGCAUCUUCAUCUGUAUCCGCUGUGCUGGUAUCCAUCGAAACCUGGGGGUCCACAUAUCCAAGGUUAAGUCUGUCAAUCUGGACCAGUGGACACAGGAGCAGGUCCAGUGUGUUCAGGAGAUGGGAAAUGCCAAAGCCAAACGUCUCUACGAGGCAUUCUUACCUGAGUGUUUUCAGCGCCCCGAGACAGACCAGUCUGCAGAGAGCUUCAUCAGGGACAAGUAUGACAAGAAGAAGUACAUGGAUAAGGUCAUUGACAUCCAGAUGCUCAGGAAAGAAAAGAGCUGUGAAAACAUACCUAAAGAACCAGUUGUGUUUGAGAAGAUGAAAUUGAAAAAAAACAUCAGUCCCAAGACAGAUUCCCAGUCGGUUACAGACCUGCUCGGAUUAGAUGCCCCUGUUGCAAGUCCUGUAGUGUCUAAUGGUGGAGGAUGUGUUCCAGACACUAAUAAGAGCCCAGCGGUGUCCAAUCCAGCUCUGGCGCACUCUGCACUGGAUCUCUUCAGCUCCCUGCCAGCACCCUCCUCUGCUUCCUUCACUAAAACCACGCCUGUUUCCAGCUCCAUGCAUCAGAGCAGAGUGACUGCCUCUGUGCCUGAAAACCUCAGUCUGUUCCUGGAUCCGGCACCCAAAGCAGAGGAGGCCACUGUCAAGAAACUGUCCAAGGACUCUAUUCUCUCUCUGUACGCCUCCACCCCCUCAGUGCACACCAGCAGUAUGGCUACUCACGCAGGGUUGUACUUGAACCAAAUAGGAUACCCAACACACCCGUACGGAUCGUACCAUUCCUUAGCCCAGGCAGGUGGCAUGGGAGGCGCCAUGAUGACAUCACAGAUGGCCAUGAUGGGACAGCAACAGAGCGGCAUGAUGGGACAGCAGAAUGGCUUAAUGGGUGCCCAUGGUGCCAUGGCUCAGCCUAGUGGUGUUAUGGCGUCACCCUACAUGACAGGAAUGACCCAGGGCAUGAUGGGACAGCAGCAAAGCGGAAUGAUGGUUCAGCAGCAGAGUGGCAUUAUGGGACAGCAGCAGAGUGGCAUUAUGGGACAGCAGCAGAGUGGGAUGAUGGGACAGCAGCAGGUUGGAGGCUUACCUCAUCAGCAGGUGUACGGAGUGCAACAUGCCCAGCAGCUACAGUGGAACAUUACUCAGGUGACUCAGCACAUGGCCGGCAUGAAUCUCUACAACACCAACGGCAUGAUGAGAUACAGCAGUCAACAAAUGGGAGGCUCGACAACUCCGAGCUCAGCGCACAUGACAGCACACGUUUGGAAAUGAUCUCAUCUAUCCAGAAAGUGAUUUAACGCCAAUAACCCACAAAAGAGAGGGGAACUGAGUUGUAGGAAUCGGUGGAUCACACUCUCCAGGAGGACAUUUUCUAAUCCAAGGGAGGAGGAGAAGGAGGAGGAGACAGAUGUAAAGAAAAAUAGGGUUUGGGAAACCAUUACUACCUCUCUUUCUCUCUCCAGUCUGCCCAUGCUUCCUCUUCUCGUACCCACACAUUGCCAUGUUUUGCAUAUUUCCAUGCUUGCCUUCAGAACACUUUGGUAUUAUGUCCAAGACAACUGGGUUCAGAGGUUCACUGGUUAGGACUACACAUCUACACAUCUGUCAUACCUGCCUGUAUGUGAGAUUGUGUGCGCCAUAGAGACUAAAUGGAUUUUUUUAUUAUUACAUACAUUUGCUGUAUGUGGGUGUCAACUAACUGCUUCACUUAAAAGAACAGUUUGGUUUUUGGAGAACAUUGUUUUUCUUACUUGAUCAGAAUCAGCGUAGCUUUAACUCAAUCGGUUGAUAUGCUUCAAUAUUGACGUUUAUUUGAACAAUACACAUUUACCAUAAAAAGAGAAAAACAUAUCUUGUUGCAAGAAUAAUGGGUUAAUGUUUUGUAAUUUGUAAAAUAAUAUAACAUGUUGGGAAAUAUUCUUAUUUGAUUUUUUGCUAAGUGUUAGAUGAGUAGGUCAAUACCACUCUUAUGUCUGUACGUCAAAUAUGAGGCUACCACCAGCAGCUGGAUAGCUUAGCAUAAAUACUAGAACAAAGAAUGACUUUGUAUGUAUUUAAUAAAUGAGAUAUGUGUUAAUCAGUGAGCUUUAGGUGUCCUGGUUAACAGACUUUGUCCACUUUGGACAGAGACAGGCUAGCUGUUUCCACCUGUUUCUAGUCUUUGUGCUAAGCUAUCUGGCUGCUGCCGUUAGCGUACCAUGCAGACAUGAGAGUGCUAUCAAUUUUCUCAUGUAACUCUUGGCAAGAACGUGAAUUAGCGUUCAGCUAAGAUUUUGGUUCAUGUUAAACCAAAAUCUUUUAACCCAUAACAAUGCUUCUUAAAUAGUUCACAUCAGAAUCCGAUAAUAAGCUUAAUUUUAGCCGCAACCGUAUUUGUGAAGGAGCAACUAAAAAGGUUUUUUCCGGCCAGCUUUUAAGCGCACAAGGGUUAAGAGUUUGAUAGUUGAAAGGUUUUAGUUGACUAAUCGUUUUAAAUUAUAGUUCCCUUCUUAUUUGAAGGAAAAUCAAGCUAGGCUAUGCUAACUUAGUCUGUUAAUUUAUCACUUUCAAGUACCUAAGUUGUAAAAUCUUACAAACAACAAUGUAUCCCCUUCCUAAAUACAACAAUAUUUAAAUUUAAGAAAUCCCUUUACGUGUUGAUAAGUUCCUAGAUCCUGACUGUCAACACAAGCUACCUAAACCUUACUUAUGAUGUCUUCUACUCAGUUUACACAGGGCUUCUUUUAGAUUCAAUAUCUAAUAAGUGUCAAAAGUCCUGAACUGGAUUUUGGGAGACCAAAGAUCAACGCUAGCUUUAUUAUGGUUGUACAGUAUCCCAAUGCUUUGUUACAUCUGUGUAGACACUUAGCUAGUGAUCAGUAGAACAUUCAACACUGCUUUAACAGUAUGUUCUGUCAAACCUGCUCUUAUACAAUGAAGAUUUGGGCAUAUCAAUUCACUGUGCUAUUUCCGGUGGGACAUUUAACAAGUCACUUGCAUGCACGUAAAUGUUGAGUUAACGCUCACACACCUCGAGUUAAUCUACCUUGUACAAUAGAGGCCUCAAAUAAUGUUGAAUGUCUGUAAAUAAGAGAGAAGUAGAGAGAGAGAGAGAGAGAGAGAGAGAGAUGGGGACAGAGACAAAAGAAAAACUUUAAGGUACAGAUCAGCCAUGUUUCAGAUUCUUCCACUGAAUUGCAUGAAGAGAAUGUUUGUAUGUACUGAUAAGUCUGAUUGUAUGUACUGUAUGCUUUUUAAGAUACCCGAAUGUGUCUCUCUGAAUGUUUCUCUCUACACGUCGAUCACUCUACGACCAAGACACAACAAAAUGUCUCAAUGAAUGUGCGUCCUGAAUGUGUUUCGCAAAUGUACCAACUCGUUUUGAAUACGCACACCUGAGUAUUGCUGGGUUGCGCUUGUUUUUGAUAUUCUACGAGUCUGUCGAGCAAUGUACGCGUUGUGUCUUUGGAAUGUUCUGUCGUCCUGUCCGUUUUUGGAGAAUUGUUAAAUUGCAACCAAUUUUUUUUUUUUUAAAUAUCUUACUGUCAAAUUAACAGCAAACUGUGACCAGACUGACACGUUUUCAGGUCACUCUGGGGCGUUUACAAUUUGGCCGAAUCACAUUGUGAAGAGAAAACCGAUUGUACGGCUACAAUCUGUCACCUCUCAAUGUUUAACCCUUCCACACCUCUCCCACACAAGCCAUCUCUCUCUGUGUCCUGAUUUUCUCUGAAAGUCUUUCUAAAUAUGUUCAUUCUCAUAAAUGCAUGAAGCCAUUAGUGUAAAUAAUCUGUCUUUGUUUUUUCCCCCCGUAGAAACACUUAGGUGUUAAGUUGACACUUUGACUGUGAGGAGUAAGAGCUAAAAGAGAAAUACAUUACCAUACUCUGCCAUAAUAAGAUUCAUAUUAACUGCUGCCAAUAAACAAGCAGCACAGCCUUUCACAUCUCAGAUAACCCGUCUAUUUCUUCCAGGUAUUUCUUUCAAUUUGAGCUAAUUUGGGUGGCAGUUGAGGCAACAGUUUGACAGCAGCAGACACUUUCUCAGCUGAGAGCAAUAUCACCAUCUCUGCAGUGUAACAGCAGAUCUGUCAGCUAUAGUGAUGACAAUUUUCUGGAAAAACCAGUAAAAAUCCAUCUCUGUGGGUGAUAAGGCCUCAUCUGAGAUUUUUCAUUUGUGAUUAUCUUUUAACUGUAGUUUGUUUGUAAUCAGUUACUUUCUUUUCGGUCUGGUAUAUAUUUUCUGUGAAAUAAGAGCAAAUAAAGGAAUGUAUCUUUUUACUUGUCAA